AUGGGUGGCGGCGGCCCCCACGAGGUCUUCAAGGCCCUUGGUCCGGCGGAUUGGGCCAAGGACAUCACUCCAGAUGGCAGCCCCGACGGCCUCCGCGACUUUAUGCUCUCGACAUUCAGCGAGGCACAAUGCAUCAUUGACUCGAUCCCGGUGGCCACCGGUAUCACCGCCACCUCGACAGCGGCAGGCCGGCCCCGCGCGUCCACAGACUCGAGCGUGGCCCCGGGCUACUCCAGCGCCCUCCCCGGCCGGGCGCCGCAGACUGACGAUCGCGCAAAGGCCCUCCGCAAGGACUGGAAGGAGGUCAAGGUCAACCCCAGCGAAAAUCCUCUGGGCAUCCACGUCUACAAGAUGAGCGGCAAGGACGGCAAGGGCGCGUGGUUCGCCCGCCGCAGCCUGCACGAGGGCCUCUCCUUUGAGCGCUGGAAGUUGGGGAUGGAGCGCGAGUUUGCCGAGACGAUGAAGGUCAAGAAGGACCCGGGGAGCGGCAACAUCCGCGGCAUCGGGGCCGAGCGGUGCGUCGAGAACACCAUCGUCGAUGGGUGUGGCAAGGCUAAAGUCUACCAGCUGUCUGCACAGUUCCCUGGCCCUACCACACCACGGGACUUUGUCACGCUGAUGCUCACAUCUGACUCGGCACUUGAAACACCAGUGCAGGACGGUCAGAAGCAAGCACGGCAUUUCAUAGUCGUGUCCAAGCCAUGUGUCCACCCAGAGUGCCCACAACGCUCGGGGUACAUCCGUGGAUACUACGAGUCUGUCGAGUUCAUUCGCGAGAUCAAGGUCAACAGGCCGCUGCGGAGGACCCAAUCCUCGACCGACACCCGGCCCAAGAGCGGCGAGCCCAACCUCGCUGCGGAGGCAGCCAAGGCUGCCCUCGAAGGGUCGGCAGCGAAGGAAGGCGAAUCGGGCCGGCCCCGUGGCAAGACCAUCGCCUUCGCAGGGGCUGACGGGUCUGAGCAUCCGGAAAAGGAUGCAAUGCAGGAGGACGACGACUCGAACACCAUGAUCGAGUGGCUCAUGGUCACGCGCUCCGACCCCGGUGGCAGUGUGCCGCGGUUCAUGGUCGAGAAAGGCACGCCGGGCGGCAUCGCGGGCGACGCCAACAAGUUUCUCAAGUGGGUGUCGUCCAAGAACCUGCAGGACUUUGACGAGGCGGAUGAGAUGGACAGCAAACUCAAGGGCGAGGCGCAGGACGCCGAGGAGACGGCCGUCAUGCACCAGAAAUCCUCGGCCGACCCCACGGCGAACGUGCUCGACAAGCCGACCGUCCAGCCGAAGCCGAGACUGUCGCAGACUCCAGCACCUCGAUCUACCCGUAUGCCCAACAAGAACAACAACAACUACAACGGCUACACUGACGGGGGAGAAGAGGAUCCCUCCCCACAAGGCUUCUACGGUGUCAUCGCCAACGCGCUGGGCAUGGUUGCCUCGCACCUGCCCAACCCAUUUGGUACGUCGGCCAAGGGCGGGGACACCGAUGCCAGCUCGUCUAUUGCGUCGUCGGAUAUCUCGGACGACACUGCCUCGUCGAUCCAUAGCUUCCACAGCCUCGAGAGCGGAGACGAAGGUCUCGGCUCUUCCUCGCGGGCAAGAGACGACAGCGGCGGGACGGGCACAGGAAGCGCAGCAGUCUCGGUACGUAGCAUGGAGUCAUCGUCCGCAACCGCGGCGGCGGCAGGUGCGGGCAGUCUGGCGGGAGGGGCAGACAUGACGAGGGCAAAGCGCAGCGCGACGCAGCACGAGAAGGAGCUCCGCAAGCUCGAGCAGCGGAAGAAGAAGAUGGAUGAGAGGCACGCGCGGGACCUGGCGAAGCGCGCAGACGACUCUACAAAGGACGACAGCGCGGUCUUGAAGCUCAAGGAGAAGCACGAGCGGGACCGCCAGCGCCAAGAGGAGAAGUACCAGCGGGAGCUGCGGAAGCUCGAGCAGCGCCGGGAGAACGAGGAGCGCAAGGCAGAGCGCAGGAAGGCCAAACAGCUCGAGAAGCAGGAGAAGAGCGACCUGGGCAUGGAGCUCGAGCGGCUCAGGGCCGAGCGCGACGUUGCCUUGAAGCAGAUAGAGAUGCUCAAGGAGCAGGUUGGCGAGCUGCAAGGGCAGAACACCCUGCUUGUUGCGAGGCUCGGCAGGGAAGGCAUCACCAUCGCAGGAGGUGCGGAUGGGGUCUUUUCGGAUCUGAGCAACGGGCGCAGGCCGGUUGGUGGCAGUGCUCGGGGCCCGAGUCGGAGCAUCGGAUCGGCGUCGUCAACUUCGAUAAAGGCGGCAUCGGUCAAGAGCGCAAAGCCUCUGGAUCCUGGUGUGCAGGUUGACGGGCCGGCUUGUGUGAGAGAGCCUGUCAAGGGGUGA